AUGACGUUCAUGCCAAUGCUUCCCGUGAUGGCGGGAACCGAACCCAAGUGGCUCUCAGUCUGGGGCCGCUGCCUGUGGGUGAUACUGCUGAGCAUGGUGUUGGGCUCCCUGCUGGUUCUGCUGCUGCCUCUGGGGGCCGUGGAGGAGCAGGGGUUGGCCGUGCUCAAAGGCUUCUCCCUGCUCUGGAGCAAGUUGGACAGGGUGCAACAUGCUGUCACCAAGUGCACAAGCCUUUCCACAGAGCUCAGUACCACCUCCAGGGACACAGGGCUGCUGGUGGUCCAAAGCAAGGCCUCUCCAGCCGGUAAGCUGGAAGCCCGAGCAGCUCUGAACCAGGCCCUGGAAAUGAAGCGCCAGGGUAAGCGGGGCAAAGCCCACAAGCUCUAUCUACACGCCCUCAAGAUGGACCCAGAGUUCGUGGAUGUGCUCAACGAAUUUGGCGUCUUCUUGGAGGAAGAUAAGGAUAUCAUUCAGGCCGAUCACUUGUAUACCAGAGCGCUGACCAUCUCGCCUUACAACCAGAAAGCACUGGUCAACCGAGACCGGACGCUGCCACUGGUUGAGGAGAUUGACCAGAGGUAUUUCAGCAUCAUUGACAGCAAAGUGAAGAAAGUCAUGUCCAUUCCCAAGGGCAACUCAGCGCUGCGCAGGAUCAUGGAGGAGACGUACUACCAUCACAUCUACCACACGGUGGCCAUCGAGGGCAACACCCUGACACUGUCUGAGAUCAGGCACAUCCUGGAGACCCGCUACGCCGUGCCAGGCAAGAGCCUGGAGGAGCAGAACGAGGUCAUUGGCAUGCACGCAGCGAUGAAGUACGUCAACACCACGCUGGUGCCCCGUGUUGGCUCCAUCACCAUCAUUGACGUGCUAGAAAUCCACAGGCGGGUGCUAGGGUAUGUGGACCCAGUAGAAGCCGGCCGGUUCAGGACAACCCAGGUCCUGGUGGGACACCAUAUCCCCCCACACCCUCAGGACGUGGCAAAGCAGAUGGACGAGUUUAUACAGUGGCUCAACUCGGAGGAGGCCAUGAAUCUCCACCCUGUUGAGUUUGCCGCCUUGGUGCAUUAUAAACUGGUGUACAUCCACCCCUUCAUCGACGGCAAUGGGAGAACUUCCCGGCUGCUAAUGAACGUGAUCCUGAUGCAGGCAGGCUACCCACCCAUCACCAUCCGUAAGGAGCAAAGGUCCGAGUAUUACCAUGUGCUGGAAAUUGCCAAUGACGGUGAUGUGAGGCCCUUCAUCCGCUUCAUCGCCAAGUGUACUGAGACCACCCUUGACACCCUGCUUUUUGCCACCACCGAGUACCCGGUGGCACUGCCGGAAGCCAAACCCAACCAUUCUGGGUUCAAGGAGACACUUCCUGUGAAGCCCUAA